UCUUUGUUUGUGAGCUUUGAUCUCUUAUGAUGCUAUGUACGUAACGUAAUUGACUAGUUGAUUGGUUCUGAAUUUAUGAGACUUGAAUUUGCCAAUUUGUUAAACGGGAGACUUAAAUUUGUUGAAUGGGAAGCUUGCUAAUUACUAAUUUAGUUAUGCUGCUGACCGCUGAUUUUGGGUGCAUUUGCUAAUUUUGAAUUUGUUAAAUGGAAAGCUUGUUAAUUUGUGUGUUUGCUAUUUAGUUCUACUUUAUGUAACUUCAUAUCUUGCAAAAUUAAUCUUCUUAUGGUUCUAGUUCUAUGAAUGACUGAGUAAAUAUCAUGAAAAUAUAUCUAACAUGAUGAGAGAGAUUUGAAUGAUAACAGCAAAAAUAUAAUGAUGUAAUCUGAGUUAUGGAACAUUAAUGUUUAAAGUACCAAAAGUAUUGCCACAAAAAACUGUCAUAGAUAAUCAUAUGUAAGUUAACAAGUGGCACAGUGGCACAGUAUGUGAUCUGAGGGCUAUGAAUGUAUUUUUCUCUUGUAGAAAUGAUGAUUGGGAUGUAUGCUUAGUAGGGAGGGGGCACUGGUUUCUUAAAUCAAUGCUGUUAGCUUGAUUUAAUUGGAAAUUGUAGUGUCCUGACAUUUUGACAGGAGAUGGGAAUGAUGCUGGCUACUAUGCAUUGUGCAUAUUGGAAAUCUUAGCUUUGUUGGCAUUUGGAGCUGCUUUAUAUUCCUGCAUUGCUCUUUGUGGUGCUUGGCUGGGCUCUAGUUAGGAUAUAAAUAACCAUUUUCUAAUUAUACAGUGGACAAGUAUAUUAUCGGAGCAUGUUGAUAAUGUAGUCUUAUUCUAAUUAGAGUAUCAAGUGUUGAAAAGAAAGAAAGGAAGUGAUUAAACAAGUGAAACAAAAAAAUGUGGUAACAAUAGUAUUAAAUAAUAUUGUGUAUGUUACUUAUUAAUAUAUGUUUCAUAUUUUCAUUUUAUAUGCAUAUUUUUAUUCAUAUUUUAUCUAUUAUUUUAUUAUAAAACGGUUCUUCUGGUUGAACCAUGGUUGAACCUUUUGAACCAAUAAAUCAAUAAACCAGUAAUUAGAACGAUUUGAUGACCAAUCUAGUUUUUAUCAAUUUCUUUUAGUUAUUCAAUCAUUAAUUUUUAAUGAUUCGGCCAUUUGGGUGUUGUUGCUGCUGCAAUGGUUAUCUUUUGCUGAUUUUGUCCAUCUCUGUCUCGUGCCUCUUUUGGCUUUGGUUCUGUGAUCGGAAUACUGUGACAUUUUAUUGGAACACUGAGCUUUGGUUCUGUUUCUGGACUUUUGCAGAGGACCGGUUUUAGCCACACGUACCACCUGGCUAUUUUGGAAAUUUGAAAUUUUGGAUUACCAAACAUUACUCCCUAUUCUGACCAGUAUGAACAUGACUCUUGUUUUAUUAAAUUAGUUUACCAUUAAACAUUAUUCCACACCGUUUUUCAAACCCCAAAUUCUUCUCCUUGACUUGGCCACUCCUUAAAACUUGGUCUCCAAGCUCCCUCUCUCUUUUUAUAUAUCUAUAUAUUAUAAAUAUCAUUUCAGUGUCUCUUACAAUUUUCACUCACACUCAUAAUCCUAAUAUUAUUAUUCUCCCAACACAAAAAACCAAACGCUUUUCUCUCAUUCCAUAGUCAAAAGUAAUUUUUAAAUAAUAAUAAUUUUGAAAAUGGCUAGAAUAUUAUUGAGUAUGAUAUCACUGUUCCUACUUUGCAACAUGGGGGGAGAGUGCCACAACAAUAAACAUGAGUGUGGAAGACACCGUUGUGGACCACAAGGUCCUCCAAUUCGUUUUCCAUUCCGUCUUAAAGAGAAGGAGCCUCCAGAGUGUGGUGUACCUGGCUUUGAUCUCACUUGUGAUCAUAAGCAUAACACCCUCAUUGAGUUUUCUUCUGUUGUUCCUCAACUUUCAAUUAAACUCCUUGUCAUGGAAAUAGGUUAUGAAACCAACUUUCUAUACCUCUCUGACCCCGAAAAUUGUCUUGCCAGCAAAUUUCUUAAACUAAUUAGUACUUCUAUUUCUCCUUUUCAAUUCCAAUUUUAUAAUGAUGAUGGUCCAUUUUCUAUAUCUAUCUUUAAUUGCUCACCCGACGGGCAAUAUCACUUCUCGUGCCCUGUUUAUGUUGCUUUUGACGAGAGCGAGACACUCCUCAGUUCCAACCUUGUAUCCUGCACCAAGGUGUUUAACUUGUCCACAAAAAUCACGGGCAUAGACUCCCUCAUGAGAAAUCGAUUGUUGUUAGAGUGGCCGAAACCGAAUUGUACUGUCUGUGAGGCGAGUGGCAAGCAAUGCAUGCUAAAGAACAAUGGUUCCAAUGCUGCUUCUGUUGUAUGCUAUGGGAGUAUAACUGGUCCCAAGCUAACCAAGAAGAUACUUUUUUACAUUGCAGGUCCCGCAUUUGGAUCAUUGCUGCUGCUGCUAUUGGCUUUUAUGUUGUUUAAGAGCUAUCGAUACUUCAGAAUGAAGGGAGAUCAAGCAAGGAGUGCCAAGUUCUUGGAGAAUUACAGAGCGCUCAAACCUACUAGAUUCUCAUACGCUGAUAUUAAGAGAAUCACAAAUGGUUUCAAAGACAAGUUAGGGGAAGGAGCUCACGGUGCAGUCUUCAAAGGCAAGCUCUCAAACAUUAUUGUCGCAGUGAAAGUACUCAACAAUACCAUAGAGGAUGAAGAGAAAGAUUUCAUCAAUGAGGUUGGAACCAUUGGCAAAAGUCACCAUGUUAAUGUGGUUCGCUUGCUUGGCUUUUGCGCUCAAGGAUUCCAUCGUGCUUUAGUCUAUGAUUUCUUCUCAAAAGGAUCACUUGAGAACUUCAUCACCACACCAGACAACAAUGACAUUUUCCUUGGAUGGGACAGGUUGCACCAAAUUGCUCUUGCUAUAGCAAAAGGCAUCGAGUAUCUUCAUCAUGGUUGUGAGCAGCAAAUCCUUCAUUUUAACAUCAAUCCCCGUAACAUCUUGCUUGAUGACAGAUUCACACCCAAGAUUACUGAUUUUGGAUUAGCCAAGUUAUGUUCCAAGGACAAAAGUGCAGUGUCAAUGAGCGCAGUUAGGGGAACCUUGGGCUACAUUUCUCCUGAAGUUGUAUCAAGAAACUUUGGCACUGCCACCAACAAAGCAGACAUUUACAGCUAUGGAAUGUUGCUACUUGAAAUGGUGGGAGGGAGAAAGAAUAUGGUUACAGGAGAAGAGGGACGUUCUCACAUCUUGUAUCCUGAAUGGGUGCAUAAUUUGAUUGAUGGGGAAGAUGUACAUGUGCAUGUUGAAGAUGAGCAUGAUAUUAAAAUUGCAAGGAAGAUUGCAAUUGUGGGACUUUGGUGCAUUAAGUGGGAUCCAUCAAACCGUCCAUCUGCCAAAACUCUUGUAAAAAUGCUUGAAUCAGAUGGAGAUAAGCUCACAGUUCCUUGUAAUCCUUUUAACUCUAGUGACUCCAGUAGUUCUAGGGGGUGUUUGGCAAACGCGUUGGAAGGGAAGAAGCACGUUUAGGCUUUUUGAAAGCUUUAAUUUUUGAUUAGGUAUAUAAAAUAAUUGUGA